CCCGCCCAUCGACAUCACAUGAAUGCCCAAGACAUCGAUGACCACCAUGCGGCGGCGGCGGCGGUGGAAUUGCCGCCGCCAGAUGGACGCAUGCCCUUGGCCAUGAGCGGAAUCUCGACGGAGGAAGAGUACUUUGAGGUUGCCAAGACAUACGGGAUCAUGAAGCAAACGGGCAUGGCGCUCAGCUCGGCGCAAACGCCAUUCCCGAGCGACACCGACCUCACGGAGCGCGUGUCGGGGUUUGCACAUGCGACGGGAUUCCAAUUCAAGACGGGAACAACGGGCGGUACAACACGUGUGUACACGUGCAAGUCGUCUUCGAAUUGCCCGUUUCUCAUCACGGUCAACAUUAGCAAGUCCACCGGCAUUACGCGCAUGUCGCGGCGACUGAAUUGCUUCCGGCACAACCAUCCGCUGGGGUUCACGACGGCAAGUUUCCAGUGGGGCGAAAUCGAACCGCCUCUUCCUCCCCGUCGGAUCUCUGUGGCGGCGCACGACGACCACGACCACGACGACCACAGCACCCACCCUACGCUCGCAACCCCGUCGCCCCCGCCCGUGUUGUCGGAAGCCGAGUACUUUGCCACGGCGAGGGCGCUGGGUCUAUGCAAACGCUCUGGCCCCACCUCGGUCCAGCCCGUGUCCAAGGUGUUCGACAACAAGGAAGACCUGCUCGCGCGCAUCAUGUUUCUCGCCGUCAAGGUCGGCUUCCAGCUAAAGCACCGCGACGGCACGUUCCAGUACUCGUGCAAGUCGGUGGAAGACUGCCCGUUCACGCUGUCUGUCAACGUGCGGCCAUCCGGCACUUGCAAAAUGUCGGAGCGAUUGUGCGUGUUCCCCCACAACCACCCGUUUGGGGUGCUGGGCCAGCCCGCGACGGGCAAAAACACUACGCUCAACUCGGCCAUCAUUGCACACAGCAUUGCCGCGUCCGGUAUGGACUGGUUUCGCGCGACGCAUGCCGAGUUCCGAAACCACUGCAUCGCCACAUUUGGCGUACCCAUCGGACCCACGCGAUCCACGACCGUCCGGCGCGAACUGGAGAGCCCCGACAUUGAAAAACACGCGAUCAAGUUCCGCCAGAUGGACGCCGCCAUGCGCGGGGCUCUGGAGCGCGUGCGCGCGACGCUGGCGGCCAACCCAACGCCGCCGUCCACGGACGACAUCCGCGUGAUGCGCCAGGAGAUGCACCACCGAUGGGCCAUGGACCGGCGAAAACUCGCCAUGGAGGAGCAGGCCCACCUGCGCGAAGAAAUGGAGGCGCGCCUCGUGCAGCGGUCGCAAGGAGCCAAGCUCCGGGAGGCGGAGAUGGCGCUCAAAGUAGCCCUGGCCAAAGCCAGACAUGAACUCACUGCCCUCGGACUCUCGGCAGACGAGAUUGACGCGGCUCUAGCGUUGGACCAGUAAAUGGACAGACAGUAUGAUGGUCGUGUUGGUGGGUUGGCGUGAGCAUAGUCGUAAGUUGCCACGAAGUGGUGGAAAGUGUUUCUGUUCAUGCG